GCAGGAAAGGUGCAACAACUGUUUCCGGACGGUUUUAUUUCGGGGUAGCACAUUGCGUGAAGGCUAAGGUCCGACAGGAAUUUGUGUCCGUCGUCGCCAACUGUCAUUAAAAAUAAAUCAUGGCGGCUCCAGAGCUUUUAACUACUUUACUUUAUACUGUCAACAACCUGUUGCAACAAGACAAAUACAAAGCGGCGUUGGCAGUUCUCAAAGGCUUCCGAAAUGGCGCCGUAUACGGCGCCAAAAUCCGAGCACCUCAUGCCUUUGUGAUGACUUUUUUAUUCCGGAGUGGAAGUUUGGUGGAUAAACUCAAAGCCAUUUUGAAGGCCACAUACACACACUCCCGCAACCUGGCGUACUUUGUGUUUACGUACAAAGGACUGCAGGCCUUGCAGGAGAAGAUCCAGGGAAAGAGUUUGCAGUCGCACGCCUUUCUUGCCGCCUGUGUUGGAGGAUGGUUGGUGUUUGGAGAUAACAACAAUAUCAACAGUCAGAUCAACAGGUACUUGCUGUCCAGGAUCCUGUUCGCCAUGUCCCGGCUGGCCGUGGAGAAAGGCGUGAUACCGCAGCCGCUCAAAACAUGAUCCCUUCCCACUGUUCGCACGCUGGUGUGGGGCGUGGUCUUAUGGCUCUUUGAGUAUCACCCGCAUACGCUCCAGCCUUCGCUGCAGUCUUCCAUGAACAGCCUCUACCAUGACAGCAACGUGUGGCACGACAUCUCUGACUUCCUCCUUUAUAACAAGCCGAGGACUUCGGCAAAUGAAGCCCAUAGUUGUCUUUUUUUGUCUGGGACAAGAUGUCGACUGGACCCUCAAUCUGUGCCGGGAGUUCCAUAGUCUGAUUUUAUUUUAGCUGUUGCCAUUCUUUAAUUCAAUGUUAUAAGAAACAUAUUAGCACAUUUCUUUUUUUUGAAGUGAAAAAGAAGUAACUGUUCUAGCACUACUGGUGUCACAGUUUGAUUAUUUCAUCUUUUCAGUUCUAUUUUUUGUCUUUAUCCUUUUUUUUGUUUGUUUAUUAUGACUUGUGUAUAAUCAUGUGAAGGGUUGUACUUUAUACACCAGAGGUGUGAAGUGAAUUAUAUUUAUAUAGCGCUUUUUCUCUAGUGACUCAAAGCGCUUUACAUAGUGAAACCCAAUAUCUAAGUUACAUUCAAACCAGUGUGGGGUGGCACUGGGAGCAGGUGGGUAAAGUGUCUUGCCCAAGGACACAACGGCAGUGACUAGGUUGGCAGAAGUGGGAAUCGAACCUGCAACCCUCAAGUUGCUGGCACGGCCACUCUACCAACCGAGCUAAACCGCCCAGGUGUCAAACAUAUGGAUGAGUUUGCUAAGUCUGAAAAUGAGCAGACAUUUUUUGAAUCAAAAGAAACUGCUGUUCUAAAUGUGUCCACCAGGUGUCACAAUAGCAAUUAUUUGUAUCUAUGUAGAUCAGUGGUCUCAGACACGUGGACCGCGGGCCAUUUGCAGCCCGCGAGAUGUUAUUUUGCGGCCCCCACAUUUAUAUGAAGGUUUAAUGUUAGUGCGGCCCCCGCCUUUAUAUUAUAGUUUAAUGUUAGUGCGGCCCCCACCUUUGUAUGAAAGUUUAAUGUUCGUGCGGCCCGCGAGUUUUGUAUGAAUGGCGCUUGACAGCGUGUUAUUUGGGUCCAAAAUGGCUCUUUCAACGUUCCGGGUUGCCUACCCCUGCAUAAGUGGAAAAGCGGCAAAUGAGUGAACGCGUUGCCAUGGAGACGAGGGUUUUCUUACGUACACCUGUCCGUCAGUAAUAACAGUCCCCGAUAACCUGGACAAAUUCAAAUCGUUGUUUGUUUUUCUAUUGUUUAAUUGCCAUUGCCUCACACGAUGAACACUACACAUAUUUCUAUAUGACGCCGGAUAACUGUCACUUUUUUGCCCUUGCUAUCCCGGUACUUUCCCAGCUAUUAUCCGCCGACCGCCGUGUUGCUGUAGGGAGGAAAAGCGGAACAACACAUUGUGGAAAUAACAUUUUCCGUGCAUCGGCUAAAUACAAAUGUAUUGCACAACCCCAAAUAUGUAUUUUUCGAAGCUUGCAGUGAAGAGAAAGGUUUGUGAUGAGCAAAGACAAUUCCAGGAAAAGUGGAAGAUGCAAUUUUUCUUUAUUGAGCACAGGGACAUGUGUCUUAUUUGCACAGAGAGAAAAAAAAAGAUUAGGAAAACUUUUCUUGCGGCCCAAUUGAGUUUGAUACCCCUGAUGUAGACGAUGCUACAUAUUUAUAAAAAAAAACAAAAAAAAAACUCAUGAUGUUAUAGUACAUAAGUUGAGGAAAAUGAGCAAAGUACAUAAAUAACAUCCUGUAGUUUGAUUUUUAUAUAUAUAUUUUUUAUCUGGAUAGAUUGAAAAUGAACACCAAUGAGUUGACUGAUAACCAUUAUCACAUCAUUUAUUCAGAAAGUAUAAAUAACGCCAAAUAAAGAUAGAAUACUAUUAACCGCAACAUGUAAGUGUAAAAAAAAAUGAAAUUAUGAUUUGUACAUUUUCAGAAUGUGCUUGUUUUAACAAAACAAUCUGAAGUUGUCUUUAUUUUUAAGUUAUCGUGCCGUGAUUUUACCAGUCCGGCCCACUUGGGAGUAGAUUUUUCUCCAUGUGGCCCCCGAUCUAAAAUGAUUUUGAGACCCCUGAUGUAAACGAUGCUACAUAUUUAUAAAAACAAAACAAAAAAACCUCAUGAUGUUUUAGUACAUCAGUCGAGGAAAAUGAGCGAACUACAUAAAUAACAUCCUGUAAUUUAAUUUUUAUAUAUAUUUUUUUAUCUGGAUAGAUUGAAAAUGAACACCAAUGAGUUGACUGAUAACCAUUAUCACAUAAUUUAUUCAGAAAGUAUAAAUAACGACAAAUAAAGAUAGACUACUAACAAACAAAACAAUCUGAAGUUGUCUUUAUUUUUAAGUUAUCGUGCCGUGAUUUUACCAGUCCGGCCCACUUGGGAGUAGAUUUUUCUCCAUGUGGCCCCCGAUCUAAAAUUAGUUUGACACCCCUGGUAAAAACCCACAAGAAAUCUAAAGAGAAGACUGAACAAUACGAUUAAUAGCAGGUCAUUGUGUCACAAUUGAGUUCCGGACAGAUUUUGACUUGUACUUUCCUGUGGUUGGACUCCUGAACCAUUUUACCUCCAAAUUGGUUCACUUUUAACUUUUUUUUCCAAAACAAAAUUCCCUAUUACAAAUAAUGUGAAGUGCGGUGAACCGGCAAUGCUGAUAUUUUUUCAUAUUUUCCAUUUUAGACUCCAAAUCAUACGACUUUUGAUCGGUUCUUUAGAUAUCCUUUUUAAUUUGGCAUCAAAAAGUAACAAAUCAUUUGAAGCACAUUUAUAGCAACACAUUGUUUAAGAGGAUGGUGGUAUGCACUCUUUAUUUCCCCUUUGCAAUUAUGACUUGAAUUCAUUCUCUUAAUAUUUUUAGUGGGCGUGUCUCUAAUUGUAUGUUUUGAACGUGCUGACAUUUCUGCACAACGUUGCACAAUACAUAGUGGAUGAAGUUUUUUUCUGUGUGUUACACCAGUGUUUUCAACCUUUUUUUCAGUGAUGUACCCCCUGUAAACAUUUUUUUAAUUCAAGUACCCCCUAAACCAUGGGUGUCAAACUCUGGCCCGCGGGCCAAAAUAUAGCCCGCCGUGUAAUUUAUUUUGGCCCUUGAGGCAAUAUCAAUUUAGCAUUAGAGCUGGCCCGCCGGUGUUAUACAGCGUCGGUGCCGCUGUAACACCGCAUUCACCACUAAUACUAAACUUGCCAACCCUCCUAAUUUUCCCAGUAGACUCCCGAAGUUCAGUGCCCCUCCCGAAAAUCUCCCGGGGCAACCAUUCUUCCGAAUUUUUACCGAUUUCCACCUGGACCACUAUAUUGGGGGCGUGCCUCUAGCGUUCUCUACAACCUGUCGUCACAUCCCCUUUUCUCCAAACUAACAGUGUGUCACAUAAUAUGUGUGGCUUUUACACACACACACACACACACACACACACACACACACACACACACACACACACACACACACACACACACACAAAUGAAUGCAAGGCAUACUUGGUCAACAGUCAUACAGGUCACACUGAGGGUGGGCGUAUAAACAACUUUAGCACUGUUACAAAAUAUGCGCCACACUGUGAGCCCACACCAAACAAGAAUGACAAACACAUUUCGGGUGUACAUCCGCACCGUAACACAACAGAACAGAUACCCAGAAACCCUUGCAGCACUAACUCUUCCGGGAAACUUCCAGCAAACUGACCAAUAAAUAACGUUUUCUUCAUGCAUUUUCUCUUGCUACUUCAAGGCUUGAAUGUUUGGUUCACUCAUUAUUGUUAUUUGGCUUCACGGUGGCAGACGGGUUAGUGCGUCUGCCUCACAAUACGAAGGUCCUGCAGUCCUGGGUUCAAAUCCAGGCUCGGGAUCUUUCUGUGUGGAGUUUGCAUGUCCUCCCCAUGAAUGCGUGGGUUCCCUCCGGGUACUCCAACUUCCUCCCACUUCCAAAGACAUGCACCUGGGGAUAAGUUGAUUGGCAACACUAAAUUGGCCCUAGUGUGUGAAUGUGAGUGUGAAUGUUGUCUGUCUAUCUGUGUUGGCCCUGCGAUGAGGUGGCGACUUGUCCAGGGUGUACCCCGCCUUCCGCCCGAUUGUAGCUGAGAUAGGCGCCAGCGCCCCCCGCGACCCCGAAAGGGAAUAAGCGGUAGAAAAUGGAUGGAUGGAUAUUUUCGAAUUUAUUAUUAGCCUGUGGAAAAAAUUUGAUAUUUACCUCAGAAGAUUGCAAAUAGAAAAAAGGCAUCACAUUUUUAUUCAAAUUUUAUUUGAUAUGCCAUUGAUAUUUUUUUUAUUAUUAUUAUUAUUAUUUGAAACUGGAUUUUGCAUGUCACUAAAGUUAUAUAAGCCUUGCUUGUUCAAUAUUUAAUGCAAAACUUGUUUGGGUCCCUAUUGAAAGGUUCAUUUGUUCAACCUUGGCCCGCGGCUUUGUUCCGUUUAAAAUUUUGGCCCACUCUGUAUUUGAGUUUGACACCCCUGCCCUAAUCAGACCAAAGCAUUUUUGGUUGAAAAAAGGAGAUAAAGAAGUAAAAUACAGCA